AUGUAUAAACUCGUUGAUUCAUUUUCCGUAGAUGGAAUCAUCAACCAGCGGAUCACCUUAGAUGUUCCACUCAACUAUUCGAAGUUGAACAAUGGCAAGAUAACCAUUGUUGCCAAUAUCAUUCAGAAAUAUGACCCUUCCAUUCAUGUGGACUCCACGGUGGUAUUUCCAGACGCUGUUAAGCCCAUCGCCUACUUGCAAGGAGGCCCAGGCUUUCCAUGUGCGUUGUCAUUGACCAAUUCGGGUUAUGUCAAGGUUUUGUUGGAGAAAGGCUAUCUGGUCAUAUUGUACGACCAAAGAGGAACGGGACUUAGUAGUCCAAUCGAGGUAUCAACCAUGGACAGAACUGUUGUGAGAAACGAUAAUGAACUGGAUGAUGAACAUUGUAAACGUCAGCUCGAAUACAUCUUGAACUUUCGGGCCGACAAUAUUGUUGAGGAUAUGGAGGUAAUUAGAAAGUCUCUUUUCGGAAAGAAGAAGUGGCUGCUUCUCGGACAAUCAUACGGUGGGUUCUGCUCGUUCACAUACAUGUCGAGGUACCCAGACUCUUUGGAGGCUGUAAUGGUCACUGGAGGCGUUCCUCCUAUUGGACACACCGCUGAUGAUGUGUACAGACAAACUUACAAGAGAACCACUGAGAGAAACGUUCACUACUACCGCAAGUAUCCCCAGGAUAUCCAGAGAGUCAAGAAUAUUCUUUCCUAUUUGAGCCAGAACGAUGUACGGUUGCCCAAUGGAGGAAAACUUUCUGUAGAGAGGUUCCAGCAGUUGGGCAUUAAAUUUGGAGCUUCUGGGGGAACCGAUAGUCUCCAUGCAUUUGUUACAGAGUUCUGGUGGGCCCUAGACACCUCCGGAGCGCCAACAUAUUCGAUUUUGAACCAGAUCCAGAACGAAUCGUCAUUUGAUACAAACUUGAUCUAUGCUUUGUUCCAGGAAGCCAUCUACUGCGAUGGAGGCAGAUCCGAAGGACAGAAGUCAAAUUGGGCCGCAGAUAGAACCAGAUUCGCCGCUGGGAACGAGAAUUAUGUCUACACCGAGUCGCUUGCCUCGUCGCUGUCGCCUGUGUAUUUCACCGGAGAAAUGGUCUAUAAGUCCAUGUACGACGACUAUGUGGAGUUGGCAAAGUUGAAGAAGUUGGCAUUUGCAUUGCAUGAGAAUACAUCAUGGAGCUCCUUGUAUAACCCAGAGGUGUUGAGGGAAUUGUCCUGGGAGAAAUUGCCAGUAGUGAGCACCACAUAUUUCUAUGACCAAUAUGUGGACUUCCAACUCACUAUGGAUGUGAAGGAAAGAAUCUUCCAAGGAAACGGAAAUUUGAGACAAUACAUCACAAGUGAAUUCUUCCACAAUGGAUUACGGGCCGACCCUGAACGAGUGUUGAAAUCUAUGUUCAAGUUGUUUGAUGGAGAGUACGACUAG